AGAAUCACUACGCGCACGUUUACAGCAUGGUGCACAAAGUUCAAGCCAUUGACCACAUACAUACAUGUGCAUCAAAUCUCGUAAAGGACAAGUCCAAUCCAGUCUCUCCGACCCCUCCCCCUCAUUCCUAUUCCCAUACAUCUCCAUACAUCUCACCUUACAUAUUCAUAUAACAUCGCAUGCUUAAUUUGGCUGCGUACGUCGUUCCCUCGUCAUUCCCGGCCUGACAGAUAAUUGGUAAUACGAUAUUCUCCUCUCCUGUCACUGCAGUGUUCUCCAACCCCUAGUCUCCUACUUCUUUUGGAUCUAAGGCUUUGCCUGCAUUACCUUUUCUACCAUCCUAAUUUGUUUCAUGAAUUCCGCAAGAUCCUUUCUCUUCUUGCGACCUUCUUCCAUUAUCCCAGCUUUUCCUAAGCCUAGGCCCAAGCUUAACCCCAACUCUCAAACUAGUUUUAUCGCUUCCCGUUCGAUUACUGCAACCGCUGUUAGAGCCAUGCCUCAGUUCAAAUUGAAAGAUGUAUCGUCGCUGUCCUUGCCGCUUGGCGAGAAGCAAGAGGUAGAAGUCGAAGGCAUUGAGGGUGCUAAGGUACUCCUCCUUAAUGCUGGCGGCAAGAUCCAGGCCAUAGGUCCCAAGUGUACCCAUUAUGGAGCCCCUCUCGCGAAAGGUGUCUUGACUAAGGGUGGACGCUUGACUUGCCCAUGGCACGGAGCCUGUUUCAACGGCCAAACCGGUGAUAUCGAGAAUGCGCCCGCCCUAGACGCCUUACCUACCUUCAAAGUCGUCGAGAAGGAUGGCGUCAUCUAUGUCGAAGGUGAGGAGGCGGUAAUCAAAGCGGGGAGACGUAAGCCGAAUUUCAAGUGCGGUGUAAGCGGCGGAGCCUUAGCCAACAAGGUCGUGGUAGUUGGCGGCGGUAGCGGAGCCAUUGGCGCGAUUGAAGGGUUGAGGGAGAAAGGCUUCACAGGACCUAUUACCAUGAUCUCCAACGAAGGUUACUUACCCAUCGACCGUACCAAGCUGUCUAAAGCCUUAAUUACCGACCCCGCGAAGAUCCAAUGGAGGGACGAUGAUUGGUUCAAAUCGGGGUCGGUCGAGGUAGUACAUGACGAAGUGGUCGACGUUGAUCUGGUCAGCAAGGCGGUUAUCACCAAAAAUAGGGAGCGGUAUAUAUAUUCUAAACUGAUUCUGGCUACGGGAGGUUCACCGCGGAAUUUACCCUUGCAAGGUUUCAAGGUGCUUGAGAACAUUUUCCUACUCAGGACAGUUCAUGAUACGAAGAAGAUUGUCGAUGCUAUUGGUGAUAAGGGUAAAAAGAUUGUCAUCAUUGGUAGCAGUUUCAUUGGCAUGGAAGUAGCCAAUGCGACAGCUGCCGACAACGAUGUCACCGUAGUCGGUCAAGAAACCGUCCCACUGGAGAGGGUGCUGGGUAAAGAGGUUGGUGCUGGGCUACAAAAAGGGUUGGAAGGUAAAGGCGUCAAGUUCCACAUGUCAGCGGGUGUGGACAAAGCUGAACCGUCCGGGUCGAAUCCAUCCAAGGUGGGCUCGGUUCACCUCAAAGAUGGAACCAAACUCGAAGCUGAUCUCGUCGUUCUGGGCGUCGGUGUGGCGCCGUCGACAGGUUAUCUCAAGGAGAACAAGGUGAUCCGACUGGAAGAUGACGGUUCAUUAAAGACGGAUGAGAACUUCUUGGUGGUGGGGCUGAAAGACGUAUACGCAAUCGGAGACAUUGCCUCAUACCCUUACCAUGGUCCUGGUGGUCAGGGUAAUUACACUCGAAUCGAACACUGGAACGUGGCGCAGAAUCAGGGGCGAGUGGUGGCGCACCAUAUUGUCAACCCUUCGCUGAAGUCGGAAUUCUUCACCCCUAUAUUCUGGAGCGCGCUGACGGGUCAACUCCGAUAUUGCGGUAACUCUAUGCACGGGUGGGACGAGCUUGUGUUGCAAGGUGAUCCGGGCCAAGGUAAAUUUGUGGUAUAUUACUGCAAGGGCGAGACGGUGGUAGCGAUGGCUAGUAUGGGCGUCGAUCCGGCGAUGGUUAAGUCGGCCGAGCUGAUAAAAUUAGGCGCCAUGCCGUCCAAGUCAGACCUGAAGGGUGGUUUGGAUAUUUUGACUGUUCCACUGCCGGCAUAGGGGUAUGACAGAUUUUAGCAUCACCCAAUACCUUUGAUAGGUACCUAUUUUAGGUAGGUACCGAGGUAUAUAGGAUGAGACACAGGAUUGGUGUACAUAGGCUGGUUGCUUCGGUACAAGACACCUGCAGCUGGGCUGUCUCGAUCUAGGAACCAUCUAAGGUUGGCCACUCUAAUCCGUAUAAAUUUUAUGUUAGGUAGCAAGCGCAAAUCGCAAAUGGAAAUUCAACGAUUAUUUCUCCUUUUUGUCUUUAUCCAUGGAUGGAUUAAUCUUGUUGGGACUGAUGUAGGCAUCUCUGGCUCGGAAUAGGUAGAAAUGGAUGCAUACAUGUAUGGAGGCAGCAUGGAUUAGGC